AUGGGUGUUCAACUCAAGGGAAGUGGCCCCGGUGAGCCACCGAUGAACCCAUUUGUAGCCGUACCACUAUUCGCCGUGGGAGGCUUCGUCGCUAUAUUGUUUUUCUGGCGAACAGCCAUUCGCGUUCGACACCGCCAGAGAUCAAAAGCCGCCCUACAAGUCGACAACCAGAGCCAACUAUCUCGGACUGGUGGUGUGAAUGCAAGCUUGAAGAAGCAUAUAUUCUAUGCACCACUCUGGGGCUUCCGCCAUAGCCGGGAGUUCCGACUAUUCGGGCUUCAUAUGGGAUCUAUUCCGUUGCGACUGGAGGUGAUUCUAUUAGCAUUAUACCUGCUGUUGAACUUCAUCUUUGUUGUGGUGACCGUGGACUGGUGGGAGGACUUCUCCAAGAAGAUGUUCCAACUCAAGUAUGCUGCUGGUCACUUGGCCGUGAUGAAUACCCCUGGUUUGGUUUUGAGUGCGGGCCGAAACAACCCGUUGGUGCCUGUUUUGGGCUUGUCAUUUGACACAUUCAACUUUAUGCAUCGCUGGGUUGGACGGACUAUCGCACUGAACGCGAUUAUUCAUAUGGCUGCAGUGUUGGCAAACCAGGCCUAUUUGAAUGGUAUGAACUAUAUCCUGGACACAAUCUGGCACAUGCCAUUCUAUAUCUAUGGUCUAGUUGCUCUCCUUGGGUUUGUUUUCAUUUUCUUGCAAUCGUUGUCGCCGGUUCGACAUUCAUUCUAUGAGAUGUUCCUUCAUCUUCAUAUCGCUUUGGCUAUCAUGUCAUUUGUUGCUCUGUGGUAUCAUUUGAAAAACUUGCUGCAACAGCGCGUGCUCCUAGGCACUGUGAUCAUCUGGGGACUCGACCGCGUCGGCCGACUUGUACUUCUGAUUUGGAGAAACUGCGGCAAGCGACAAACCACAGCGACAGUCGAAGCGCUCCCCGGCUCUGUUGCCCGGGUGGACGUCGAAGUCUCGAGAGCCUGGAGCUUCCGACCCGGUCAAUAUCUGUAUCUCUACAUGCCGUGUCUGGGUCUUUGGACGUCUCAUCCGUUCACAGUCGCCUGGUCAUCCGCCAGUGCUGGAUCCUUGGAUCUGACCGAGAAGCGAAGCUCUAGUGAUUCCCUCGCCACGCUGCUAGGUGGCUCCGAAACGACUACCAUGUCCGUCCUAAUCAAGGGUCAAGAUGGGUUCACACGGCGGCUUUUGGAUAAAGUGGAGGAUUCGCCAGAAGGGCGAAUCAAGGCGACGGCACUGGCAGAGGGUCCGUUUGGUGGUAUUCACUCGCUUGCCUCGUACGGAACUCUGCUGCUUGUUGCUGGGGGCAUUGGUAUCACCCAUCCCAUGUCCUAUCUGCAUGAGGUGGUAAUCAACUUUGCGUCGCGCAAGACGGCUACUCGCAAGGUACACCUUGUAUGGAUGAUCCGAAGCUUAGAUCACUUGGCAUGGAUCCAUAAUUGGAUGACCGAUAUAUUCAACCAUGACUCCCUGAACAGUACAAUCAAUCUCAAAGGCGAAACAUAUUUCCAGUUCCCGGGUCUGAUGCUUUCCAUCAGUGUCCACGUCACGGAACACAAGGAGACAUUCGAGGAGUUCAUUCCUGCACCCGAAACGCCCUGGACGCAAUGCGCACCUUCCAAUGUACCGGUCAACGUACACUACGGCAAACCGUCCUUCCAAACACUGCUGGAAAAUGAAAAGGCGGAGCAAGUCGGUGCAUUGGCUGUCAGUGUUUGCGGCCCCGGUGGCCUGGGUGACAGUGUCCGCGAAGCUGUUCGGAAUGUACAAGGAGAGAGAACUGUGGAUCUUUUUGAAGAAUCAUUUUCGUGGUGA